AAGUGAAAAUUACACUCAAUUUAUAACAAAGAAAGGGAAGCCAGGCUUCAAGCAAGUUUAUGGGGUCCUGGUGAUGAAAGAUUUGAAGAUGUCGACUACUUUGUUGAAGGGGAGGCCUCUAUUGCUUCAAGAACAUCAACAGAAGCAGAAACAGCAAUAAGAACACGAUUGGCAAAGAAUAUUCAGAAAAUUAUAGGCUUAUGUUAUCCAUGGAUACACGCUACCACUGAAGGACUUACAUUUACUUAUCAACUUUAUAUCUGCUGGAUGCAACUGGAUUCCAUUCUGUUGGAUUACAUGCACUUGGGAUUCAUGUUUGUCGAGCCACUGGACAAGAAUUGAUGGAUGCUUCCUCUAGAAUUUCGAAAAUCCGAAGUCGUGAAUGUGAGAGGCUUCGGGGGCCUACAUGGGUAAAGGCGGUACAAGGAGCUUUGCUUAAAUGUGCAUAUGUGGUGCUGGACUAUGCACAAACUGGUUUAAUUGCUGCAGUAUUCAUCUUUAAAAUGAUGGAAUGGUGGUAUCAAUCUGCAGGGGAAAGAAUGUCAGCUCCUACUGUGUAUCCCCCUCCUCCGCCACCGCCACCCCCAAAGGUAGCCAAAGAUGGGAUCCCCUUACCACCUGAUAGAACAAUCUGUCCAUUUUGCUCGCAGAAGCGCGCAAAUCCAUCAGUAGUUACAGUUUCAGGAUUCGUCUUCUGCUAUGCUUGUGUACACAAUUAUGUUUAUCAGGAAACCGGUGAAUGGGUUCGAACCUCUGAGGAAACUCCGGGAGCUAGUUCUUCACGAGCUCCACCGGGAGCAGACGACGAUCCAGAGCUUCAACAACUAAUGCAAGAUAUUAACGAAGCCGACGACGAGCCGGAGUAG